UAGAGUCCUCUGGCUUGCCGUCGAUUAAUGACGUCACGGGUCAAAGUUGAAAUUGUUACAAACAGGAAGAGCAUGGAGUCCGAGAAGAGAAGAACCGGCUCUCGAGCGCCCAGAAAGGGUGGAAAACACGUCAAAGUACAAAGCGCAGAAGAAGAAGAAGCCAGAAGGAGAGAUGUGGUCAGAGAGAAGCUUCGAGAGAGACUGGAACUGGAGAAAAGAGCCCUGCAGGUGGUGGAGCGUCUUCUUGAGGACAGUGUGGCCGAGGACUUCUUGCUUGACUGUGCCAAGUUGAUCACGGCUGCGAAUUACAAAGAUGCAGUGGAGGAAAGAUCCAUCACCAAACUAUGUGGUUAUCCUGUAUGUCCAAAUAAACUGGGAAAGAUCCCAAAACAACGAUACACCAUUUCUACAAAGCCCAAUAAGGUGUAUGACAUCACAGAGCGCAAGUGUUUUUGCAGUAACUUUUGUUAUAAAGCCUCCAAAGAAUUUGAGGUCCAGAUAUCAACAACGCCACUUUGGCUCAGGCAGCAUGAGAGUCCUCCAGAAAUAAAGCUGAUGAAGAAAGGGGAUAUUGGGAGUUCUGGUCAGGAGGUGCUGCUGACACAGAGGCGCCUCCAGGAGGACGACGUGGACCAUGCGGUGAAUAGUCAACGUGAGGACCCUCGUGAGCAUUGCCACAGCGACGGCAGCGAUGGCGAGCUGGAGCAGGACUUCAUUUCCAGUGUGGUCUCCCAGCAGCAGAGACCCAGGGUGCACUGGGGUGACUUGAAGUCGAAUGAAGAAAAGAAAGAAGGACGAGGGAAGGCUGUGAGGUUAAAGAAAUUGAACAGAGAGGAAGAUGGAGAAGCGCAAAGGCAUCAUGGGUCUUUUGCUCACGGAGCCGUGCUUGGAAGCGAAGAAGCUAAACGGCAACUACUAGAAGAAAUCCGUGUGGAGGAGGUGACGGAAAGCUUGAAUUCAUGCAUUGUGCACACUGAAGCGGCCACACAGACGCGCCACGCAAGUCCUCCUGCUUCUAUUCCUGCCUCAACAUUGCCUGUAAUGGCGGAGAUGAAAACAGACCUCAUUGCUUCACCCGACCAGCCAAGCCUCAACAUCAUCCAAGUGGGGAUGACCAAGCGAGGGGCGCAAGGGCUAAGAGAUCUCCUGAAGAACCACCCCCCCCACGUGACAGCCAAACACACUGGCCUGAAUCUCCUUGAAUCCCUAAGAGCGACGUUGAAGGAAUGGCUGACAGAUGAAACCCUGAAGCUCUUGCGCUGUGCUGACCGCCAUCUUGACUCCCCCCCUACCGACAUGAAGGAAGAAGCAGUGGAGGAACUGGAUGAAGAUGACAUUGAGGAGGAAGUGACGGCGGAUGGUCAAGGAGGGUUUGUCGCAGAGGAGCAGAAGAGGCCUACCAUGCCGGCUCCAGAUUUUGAGACGCUGAAGAAGGAAACCCAGCAGCUGGGCCUUAAAGUCAAAGAGUUUUAUGAUGGCACAUGUGGUCUUCCCGGGAAGGCUGAGGAGCCGAAUGGAAAUGAGGUGGAUCAGGGCCCGAGUGACACCCCGUUUCUGCCGCUCGUUGACUCCAAAGCUCAGCAUCUCAUCCAAAAGCGAAUCACGGUGGAGAAGCUUGCCAUGUGUCUCGGAAACAUUGCGGGCCCCCUUGGUCUCACCUUGAGUGACAUCACCAGUGACCUAAACAACCUUGUCAGGACGUUCAGGUUCACCAACACCAACAUCAUCCACAAAACUCCCGAGUGGACCCUCAUCGCUGUUGUGAUUCUCCAUCUGUUGGCCAGCGUGUCUCCGGUAAUUGGAGACGCCUUGGAGACGCCGUCAUCAGUGGAGUAUUUCAACACGCUGAUGGAGGAGCUGGGCCUUCAGCACCAAGACCUCGUCAACCUACUCGACAUGUUUAAAACCCCCGUGCAGUAACCAUGGACAAUAUUUUGAUUUCAGUGGUGUGGGUUGGGGGCGGGGGGGCACAACUGGCCUGAGUUGGUUGAAUUUGGGGAGGGCGAGGGGGACUGAACAUACACACACAUGCACCCACACAGACUCAAAUGUUGUAAAUGGAAGCUCUGAUAUUAAAAUCUGACCCAAGGAGAACAAACACCCGUCUUAACGACGCAGACCAACUAACGAAAACGCUCAUCCAUGACCUUGUGAGCCGUUUAACGAGACACAGGCUUCAGCUUGAGCAGCCAUUUUCAUGCUGGUCCCAGUGUUUGGAAAAUGUCUCCUUUUAAUGGAACACCGUUUUUGGACGGGGCUGCACGGCACAAGAGUGGUUAGCACACGGGCCUCACAGCUAGGAGACCCGAGUUCAAUUCCACCCUCGGCCAUCUCUCUGUGAUUACGGAGGAGCCCGGUGAAGCAGGUAAAAAAAAAAAAGCAUGCUCAAUAUAAGUCGUUGCUCAAAAUAAGAGUUUGGAAUGAAUGCCAAAAUCAUCACACAGUAACUUAACACACAAAAGUAGCUCCAUAUUUUACUGUACUAUAACAUUUACAGCCACCCUCCUCCCACAUUCCAAAAACAUGCUAGGUUAAUUAGCCACUCCAAAUUGUCCAUAGCUAUGAAUGUGAGUGUGAAUGGUUGUUUGUCUAUAUGUGCCCUGUGAUUGGCUGGCCACCAGUCCGGGGUGUACCCCGCCUCUCACCCAAAGACUCCUGGGAUAGGCUCCAGCACCCCUGCGACCCUCAUGAGGAUAAUAUUUUUGGACGGUAAAAAACGACGGGACCAAAACUGUCUUUUGAAAAAGUGCAGAGGACCCGAGUGUCGCCCCCGACCCCCAAAUUACAUCUGUGGCAGUAACGCACACAAAAACCACCAGGACCGGUCACUAGAAGUUGGUUCUGUACCCGAAGCAAAUAACGGUAUAUUUUCCACGUGUUUUUAUUGUGGUUACAUUUCUGUUUGAUUCUUUCCUACCUCAGGCAUGUUUCUUGCUAAGGCUCCAAUAUGAAGAUUUCCAAAUCAGAUCCUUGAACUUUCAGAGCUCUGGAUGUCGAAUGUGUGUCCAAACAAAAUCACACCCAGGAGGAAACAACAUGGCGACAGGCUGCUGACUCUACAAAGGUCACGCUAUUCCUACGGACUCUCUUCACGUGCAGCUUUAUGGCACCCGAAUGGCAAACAAUCUAUGCGCCUGGAAAUAUUUGAUUUUGACAGGUGGCACAUACAGCAAAAACGUUUUUUUGUCAGGGACAUUAGAGAUGUGAUUGACGGCUGGCAUUGCUCAACACAUUUUUUGAAACGCCACACAAUCGGUUGAAAAAUCAGUCAUUCACAUUUAAACAAUUGCCCACUAUGAAUUUUAACUUUUGGGACACAUUAAGUGAUCAUUUUAAAGUAUUUAGUAUUAUCACAUUUCAGUUAAAUUAAGGUUUAAAAAAAUAUCAUAGAAACUCAAUCAAAAUGUUUUAAUUUAUUUUCAUUGACAGACACAUUUCCAAAAUCGUUUCCUCAUUCAUUCAUUUUCUACCGCUUUUCCUCACGGGGGUGCUGGAGCCUA